GUCGACAGUCACAGAAGAAGAGAGUUUUGCAGUCUAUCAGAUGUAUGCUGAGCUGAAGCUAAGAAAAAAGGGAACAUUAUAAGAACCUGUUCGUUGGAAAAGCUAGGGAAUCGAUAACAUUUCGUCUUGUACCGAUCUAUAAUUGGAUUACAUUGACAGGAUGGGGACCAGAAAGAUCAAACAAGUUUUCCUGAUUCUAACAGUUCUUUACGGACUUAUCCAAACUACAAGCCAGCAAACUACAACAACAACUACAACCGCACCUACAACUGCCGCACCAACUACUGCUGCACCUACAACCGCUGCACCAACUACCGCUGCACCUACAACAGCUGCACCAACUACUGCUGCACCAACUACCACUGCACCUACAACAGCUGCACCAACUACUGCUGCACCUGUAACCGCUGCACCAACUACCGCUGCACCUACAACAGCUGCACCAACUACUGCUGCACCAACUACCACUGCACCUACAACAGCUGCACCAACUACCGAUGCACCUACAACAGCUGCACCAACUACUGAUGCACCUACAACAGCUGCCCCUAAUACCGCUGCACCAACUACUGGUGCACCUACAACCGCUGCACCAACUACCGCUGCACCAACUACCGCUGCACCUACAACUGCUGCACCUACAACAGCUGCACCAACUACUGCUGCACCAACUACUGGUGCACCUACAACAGCUGCACCAACUACCGCUACACCAACUACCGCUGCACCUACAACUGCUGCACCUACAACAGCUGCACCAACUACUGCUGCACCAACUACUGCUGCACCUACAACAGCUGCACCAACUACUGCUGCACCAACUACUGCUGCACCUACAACAGCUGCACCAACUACUGCUGCACCAACUACCACUGCACCUACAACAGCUGCACCAACUACCGAUGCACCUACAACAGCUGCCCCAACUACUGGUGCACCUACAACCGCUGCACAAACUACCGCUGCACCAACUACCGCCCCACCUACAACUGCUGCACCAACUACUGCUGCACCAACUACUGGUGCACCUACAACAGCUGCACCAACUACCGCUGCACCAACUACCGCUGCACCUACAACUGCUGCACCUACAACAGCUGCACCAACUACUGCUGCACCAACUACUGCUGCACCAACUACCGCUGCACCUACAACUGCUGCACCUACAACAGCUGCACCAACUACUGCUGCACCAACUACUGCUGCACCUACAACCGAUGGACCUACAACCGCUGCCCCUACAACCGCUGCAACUACAACCGCUGCACCUACAACAGCUGCACCAACUACCGCUGCACCAAAUACCGCUACACCAACUACCGCUGCACCUUCAACCGCUGCCCCUACUACCGAUGCACCAACUACUGCUGCAUCUACUACCGCUGCACCUACAACCGCUGCACCUACAACAGCUGCACCUACUACUGCACCACCUACAACAGCUGCACCAACUACCGCUGCACCUACAACCGCUGGACCUACAACCACUGCCCCUACAACCGCUGCAACUACAACCGCUGCACCUACAACAGCUGCACCAACUACCGCUGCACCAAAUACCGCUACACCAACUACCGCUGCACCUUCAACCGCUGCCCCUACUACCGAUGCACCAACUACUGCUGCAUCUACUACCGCUGCACCUACAACCGCUGCACCUACAACCGCUGCACCUAUAACAGCUGCACCUACAACAGCUGCACCAACUACCGCUGCACCUACAACCGCUGCACCAACUUCCGCUGCCCCGACUACUGCUGCACCUACAACCGCUGCCCCUACUACAGCUGCACCAACUACCGCUGCACCUGCAACCGCUGCCCCUACUACUGUGGCUUCUCAACCUACUUACACUGUCUCAUUAGGCUUGCCUAAUGAGCCAUUUACUGAAGAUCUCAAUAACCGAGAAAGCCCUAAAUUCAUAGCUCUUGAACAAAAACUUGUUGGGCCGUGCAACACAAUAUACAAGAACAAAUUUGGUGCUAAGUUUGACAAGUGCAGAGUGAAAGCAUUCAGGCGACGACCAACUAGAGCAGAUGGAGUUGAUGCAGAUUUGAACGUUGAGUUCAUUGCGAAUUCCAUCAUCUCAGAACUCCCAGCGGAUGCUGUUGUUGCUGAAACCUUAGUAACAGCUGUAAAUAGUACCAACAGCCCCUUCAACGUGAUGAUAGAUUCCAACACAAUCAAAGUACUAGAAAGUCCAGUUGCAACUACAACUGCAGCAGCAACAACUGCAACUGCAGCGACAUUAGCUCCAGGUCCAUCAACAACAACUGCAACUGCAGCAACAUUAGCUCCAGGUCCAUCAACAACAACUGCAACUGCAGCGACAUUAGCUCCAGGUCCAUCAACAACAACUGCAACUGCAGCGACAUUAGCUCCAGGUCCAUCAACAACAACUGCAACUGCAGCGACAUUAGCUCCAGGUCCAUCAACAACAACUGCAACUGCAGCGACAUUAGCUCCAGGUCCAUCAACAACAACUGCAACUGCAGCGACAUUAGCUCCAGGUCCAUCAACAACAACUGCAACUGCAGCGACAUUAGCUCCAGGUCCAUCAACAACAACUGCAACUGCAGCGACAUUAGCUCCAGGUCCAUCAACAACAACUGCAACUGCAGCGACAUUAGCUACAGGUCCAUCAACAACAACUGCAACUGCAGCGACAUUAGCUCCAGGUCCAUCAACAACAACUGCAACCUCAGCGACAUUAGCUCCAGCUCCAGCUACAUCAACUGCAACUGCAGCAACAACUGCAACUGCAGCAGCAACAACUGCAACUGCAGAAACAACAACUGCAGCAGCAACAAUUGCCGCAGCAACAACUGCAACUGUAGGAGCAACAACUGCAGCAGCAACAAUUGCCGCAGCAACAACUGUAACUGCAGCACCAACAACUGCAGCACCAACAACUGCUGCCAUCACAACAAAGCGAGUGGUGUUCAGGUCUGUUCUGCAAACAUUCACAACCGACUUGUUGGAUACAUCAUCUGCUGCUUUUAAAGAAAGAGCUGCUAACAUAAAGAAUCAGCUUGAACCUCUAUACAGAAACAGAUUCUCUUCCUUCUCUUCCUUGGAAGUGGUGGGAUUCAGUAAUGGAUCAAUCAUCAAUACUUGUGUCCUCCGCUUCACUGGCACAUCUGUUCCUACCAACACUGCGAUUGCAGUCGUUUUGCUAAAUGCAGCUCCAUCAGUCACCGGCUUCGACAUUGAGGGCAGCUCCAUCACCGUGGAAGGCAUAGCUUCAAGUGGAGUCAGUCAACAGAUCAGUCUCGUCACUGCAUCCUGUCUGGUGCUGUUGUCAUGGCUACUGUCAAGCCAGCAUUAGCAUCUGCGCUGAGUUUGUUAUGAAUUCCCAUGAGAACAAGAACGACAUCUCUGGAAUGAAAAAGGACUUUAUCGUCAGCAAGAAUCCCAGAUUGUGGAUUUUUUUAAUGGGUUGCACGGUUUUGGAUUAACUUAAUUUAACUUUGUUCGAUAUUAAUGUCUCAUCUAAACCUUUUUAUAAUCUCCAAAUUCAUGUAAAAUUGUGAUUCAAUGUGAUGCAUAGUUGUGUUUUGUGAGAGCUCUUAAUGUUAGCAGUAAAACACUUUACAAAGAUUAGAAUACAACAUAUUUCCACCUUAAAGUGUUGAUUGCGUGACGUUUUGUAAUUUUGUUGAUUAAGUAGAAACUGGAUCAUGUGUCUGAAUCAAAAGCGUUAAUAAAAGCAUCACUGAUGUUGACAUAAAAUCAAA